CUAACUUUUCCUCUUCGCGUUUGGGGAGCUGCAGUGGUGACUGCUUUGUGUGGGGACGCUUUAUCAGAGUGUGCCGCUCGUGCGGUGGUUCGUUUGAAGUGUGAGCCCUGAGGCACACAAGUAAAAGUCUGGGAAUAAGAUUUAACUGUUGGUUUAGGACCAGCAGAGGGAGCACCGCGUUAUUUGUUUUUUUUAAAAGGAAAAACAUCAUGUUAUGCAAAAUUCGUGGGGAUUUACAUACAGCCCACACAUGUACACUCUGGCUGAAAGCUUUGAAGACUGAGAAUGGGCUCGGGCAUUCAUGUCCAAAACGUGUGAAUGUUUGUCAGUUUUAGUUCGCUGUAGUAACUGUUCUUUCUAAACAUUCUCUCUAAAGCCAUAAUGUCUCGAGAGACUGGAAGCGAAGCGCAGCCGUCUCAAAGUGCCCAGCCGUCACAGGGUGGUACCGGUUCCUCUUCCAGUGGGUCACAGAGUACUAGUCAGUCUUCCUCAAGUUCUGGAACCCUCAGUUCUUUGGACACUGUUCCCACUCAGGAGCUUCCGUCAAUCCCUGAGGACCAGGAAUCUGAAGAGCUUGUUCCUCAGCCUUGGGGUCGACUCUUUGCACUUGGAAAAGGUUUCAGCAAUUGUGACUGUGUGAAUGAUGAAUACUGGUUUGGAAGAGACAAAAGCUGUGAUUAUAGUUUUUCUAAGCUACGAUUGUCCGAGACUGGCUUCUACCAAAACUAUAGCAAGAAGCAUUUCCGAAUUUUCAGGGAAAUGGGUCCCAAAAAUUCCUAUGUUGCCUACAUUGAAGACCACAGUGCAAAUGGAACUUUUGUUAAUAGAGAGCUCAUUGGAAAAGGGAAGAAGCUUCCACUGACUCACAACUCUGAAAUUGCACUGUCUGUACAGACUAAUAAGGUGUUUGUAUUUUCUGAUCUGACGGUGGAUGAUCAGUUGGUGUUUCCUAGAGAAUUCAGAGAGAGAUAUAUCAUGUCAAAGACUUUGGGAAGCGGUGCCUGCGGAGAAGUCAAACUGGCGUUUGAGAAGAGCACUUGUAACAAAGUCGCGGUAAAGAUAAUCAAUAAACGGAAGUUUAUGGCAAGUGCCAUUAGAGAGGCUAACCCAGCUUUUAAUAUCAAUACAGAAAUUGAAAUUUUGAAGAAAAUAGAUCAUCCUUGCUUAAUCAAGAUCAAAAACUUCUUUGAAGCGGAGGAUUACUACAUUGUUUUGGAACUGAUGGAAGGGGGAGAAUUGUAUGACAGAGUGUCAAGGCCAGUCAAGAUGAAAGAAGCUACCUGCAAGUUGUAUUUUUAUCAGAUGCUGCUGGCUGUAAAGUACCUUCAUGACAAUGGAAUUAUACACCGAGAUCUAAAGCCAGAGAAUGUGCUGCUGUCAUCUUCUGAAGAGAAAUGUCUUAUAAAGAUUACAGAUUUUGGACAAUCCAAGAUUCUUGGAGAAACUUCUCUUAUGAAAACAUUAUGUGGUACUCCCACGUAUCUUGCUCCUGAGGUUCUAAAUUCACUUGGGACUGCUGGAUACAGCCGUGCUGUGGACUGCUGGAGUUUAGGAGUUAUUCUUUUUGUAUGCUUGUGUGGUUAUCCACCAUUUAAUGAGCAAAAUACUCAACUAUCUCUGAAAGAUCAAAUCACUCGUGGAGAAUACACGUUCAUUCCCAAGGAAUGGAAGCAUGUAUCGGACACAGCUCUGGAUCUUGUGAAGAAGCUGUUAGUAGUGGAUCCAAGCAAACGUCUUUCAACAGAGGAAGCCUUAGAGCAUCCCUGGCUGCAGGAUACUGAUAUUAAGCCACUCCUCUCCAUAUUCUGGUCCUGCUUCAACACCCUUUGUAUGCCUCCAUGACCUGCUCUGAAUUUAGUGGAAAAUCCUGGAUCUCCAGAAUUUUUUCUCAGAAAAUAGAACGCAGUCUGCAUCUGUAGCUAGUCUGUGCUUUCAGAUUUUUAGUCCCUGCGGAGAGGACUUCAAAAAAAGCAUGGAGUAUUCUGCCGACUACCUUCUUUCAAAUCAACCAGCAGCUUUUGCAUCCUUUCUGAGACACCUCUUCUCAGAAUUCUUCAGCAUCUGAGAAUCAAGAUGUGGUUUUUAGAGACCAAGUCUGAUUGUGGUUCUGAUAGGAUGGACCUCCUCCUUUGAGCAUUGUAAGAGUCCCACUUCCUCAUCUUGUUUUUGUGGGCAGGCACUGCAGAAUCCUGCAGACUUUGUUCCUGGCAAGUGUCCAGGAUGACUAUGUUCUUACUAUGAUGAGUAUGAGUAAAUGUCACUGGUUUGGGAACCCUCAGAGUAGGAGGUGAUGGUUUCCCUGCCCGCUGUUACAGUCUAGUUAGGUUUGUGAGAGGUAGCCUUUAGGUGGUCUUUUAUUAAUUUUGGCACUCCAGAGGUGGUCACUGGGCCUGUGAGCUUUCCUGGGUAUUUUUGUUUGAGGAGGCUGAAGAAAGACACCCAGCCUACCUCUGAGCAUGAUUUAGUAUGUUCUGUUUACCCAUGCCCAGCAUAAUGAUAUUCAUAUGCUCCCACUGGGAACAGCAUUUGGUUUCAGAUGCUUAGGUAAAGAGCAUAAGAGACAGGGUGGAAGCCAGGGAGUAUCACUCAGUGCUCAACAGCUGGCAGCCUUCUGAGACAGCAAAUGCAUUUGGAUGACUGUUUUUAAGUCAUUAACUCAUCCUAAUUAUACUGCUGGGCAUCAGAAAAUUCUUCCUAAAAAAAAAAAACUUCUUCCAGGCAUGCCUGGCCUUUACUACUGUAGUUUUGUGUGUAACUUCUGAAGUGGGUUAAUCAGAUGUAGAUUCUUAUGUUUAGAUUAUAAUUCUGAGCAGGAAAUGCUAUUGGUAAACCAUACUACACUGAUUUUAAGAAUCACUGGUAUGCAUAAUGGGAAAGGGGGAAUACAUGAGAGUGAUUUAGACAAGCUAAGAAUUUGAGAUAUUUCAGUCUGUAAACUCAAGCUGCUAGCAUCGUGAUCAUAUAUUCCCUUUAGGGACACCUCUUACUGUUACGUUUAAUUUUGAAGACAGGAUAAAAAGUUGCAGAAAACAUCAUAUCCAGAUGUCACCUAGCAUUCAGGUGCCAUUCUUUAAAAUGUUUCCCUUCGUGGGCUGUUACUAUGAACGUCAGUUGUUUAUAGGUGAUGUGCACCGCCUGCUUGGAAGGCCAACAUCCAGUGUGUUCAGUUCUAGAUACCACACACGUUGAAUACUACCACCAAAAGAGCUCCUUGAGUUGUUACUCUGAGUAGUGAGGAGGAGUUACUGGCUCCCCACUCCCUCUUGUGUUGUCUAUAAGUAUUGUCUUCAAACGUUAACAUGGAAAAAACACAACCGGCGCACACUUUAUGUGCACAGCUAAUGCCUGUCAUUCCUCUCUAAUGAUUUUGGGUCCACUAGGGAAUUUUUCAGAUAUUAAAAGCAAGCAGGUGGUCCUAACAAAACUUAAUUUCUACAGCUAUAUUUAAAUGGGUGGUGCUUUCAAAUUAGUGUUUUAAAUACCUGUGCUGUUUACUCCAUUAUUUGCUUAAAUAUGAAACUUGAAAACUUAAUGGGCUGCUUAAACCUAAGUACUACCCAGGGAGGUCUUACCUGUAUUUACCAGGUACUUAAUAAAACAUUUUCAAAGGCAUAUAGACAAUAAAUUGCUGUUUCUACCUCUGAAAACUUCACAGGGAUCUUUUGAAUGGGACAAGAUUGGUUUGGUUGCAUGCUGAGGAAAAAACUCAGGUGUUUGUUAUAUAAAUGGAAAAAUAUUUAACUUAUCUUUACCCAUCAACUCAAAUGUAGCCACAGUCAAAACAGGUGACACUGGAAAAGACAGACAGGUCCCAAAUCUGUAUAAAAUAAACUGGAUGUUCACAUCAAAGCCUUUUUGUAGUGCUUGAGAACAUAUUUAAACCAAAAAAGGAGGUACUGCAAUACUCCAUGGCUUAGAAAAAGAAUCCCCUCCCCUGCCUUCACCCAAAAACCCAGUUAAAACAUCUGAAAUCCUUAGGAGCUCAAUGAUCCUUAUUUCUAAUUGCCUCUAGCAGUAAAUGUCCCGUUCACUUAUCUUUGAGUUUCCCAAUCUUUGCUGUGAUAAUGGAACAAAAUCAUAGAACCUGUUGGCUUCAGUGAGUUGUUGAGAAUAAAUGUCUGGUUUUGGUUCUAGAUCAGUUGUUCAGCUGGUAAACACAGUCACUGUUCAAAGCUCAGCCAAAGGAAGUGAUUUGUAUUAAAUCACUAUGAGCAGCAUACUUAAUUUGGUACUGGGAAAUGUUUAAAGGCCCGAUUUCAGGUUUGGAAGCAUGAAUUUAGGGUUUGCAGGUAAUCCAUAGCAACCCAUUCUAAUAAAAUUCCUGCAGGGGAAAUUGCUGAAACUAGAGAAUGAGAUUUUCUUUUUAAAACAGGGAGUAUACUAUGACAACUAAACAUCUUGUUCGCACUGGUGUCCCAUUCUCUCAGGCUGCCCAGCAUAUACCAAGAGCACCCUGGUCACUGGCAGCUGACCCAGAACGGGGUUACGUGCUAGCUUUUCUCUUGAAACAUGCCUGACUUUCUGCCAAACUAGCUUCUCUUAACAAAGCAUCUCUGCUGCCCUUCCCUCCCCUGUGCCGCCCUUCCCUCCUCUUAAUGCUUCUGCAGCCAGGCCCGUCUAUGCCCAGUCGAGAUGAGUAAGUCCCCUUGUUCCACAGUGCAUCUCUGCCAGAGGCUUUCCUUCCACUAAUGGCAGCUUCUGGCUGACCACUUUGGGUAAAUAGAGAAUGAACUGUCCUAUCCAGUGAGCUUCUGUAGAGACACGAAUACUCCAUCAACAAUACAACAUUUGGUAAUCAUUUGGGUUUUCAAAAGGGAAACUUCAGUGAAGUGCUUGCCCAAAUUCUGAAUAUUUGCUUUCCAAGUAUUUCAAUUUACAACCUUGAAUAUGUUCUAUGGACGUGCUUAUGUUAAGGAUAGCUGUGGGAUGCUUUUUAAGAUAACAUUUUGUUUGAAAGUUUGGUAUGUGCGUUUGGGGUUUUUUGGGGUGGUUUGUUUGUUUUUAUAGGGUAAGGGUGUUUUAGCUGGUUCUUCUCUACCUACUGUGUACAACAGGUUUGCUUUGGGGGGGAGGUAAUGAGAACUACCCAAAUUUGGGAUGCUGAUGAAGCUGAGCUAGUGGAAAUGAAAAUAUCCUGUUGGAAAAGGGAAGUCAUUAUGAGAACAGAAUGUAAGACUGUAAGGAAAAAUACUUGUUUUUCAAGGGUGAUUAACUCUGGUUUGGUGAAAGCAGGCCCCAAGUCCAGAUGAGGCCUCUUCUGACAAGGCUAAUGAAUUACUCGCAUGAACUCCUAGCCUGUAUGUUCUGUUCUUUCAGUGGUGUUGUACUUUGUUGAUGCAAGUUCGGUUUUAGCUUGACUAGUACUAGAUAAGCAGUAGGGGAAACUUUCUUUGUAGAAUGAAAUAGAACUAUUUUUUCUUACCAGCACUGUACAUAAGCAACCUGCUCAAAAUUCUGCUGUGGGGCAUAUCAGAAUCAUAGAAUGGUUUGGGUUGGAAGGGACCUU